UAUAGGAUUACAUUUUUACCCAAUAUGGGAAGCGGCAUCCAUUGAUGAAUGGUUAUAUAAUGGUGGUCCUUAUGAACUAAUUGUUCUACACUUCUUACUUGGUGUAGCUUCUUAUAUGGGGCGUGAGUGGGAACUUAGUUUUCGUUUGGGUAUGCGCCCUUGGAUUGCGGUUGCAUACUCCGCUCCGGCCGCAGCUGCUACCGCAGUUUUCUUAAUCUAUCCAAUUGGUCAGAGAAGUUUUUAUGAUGGUAUGCCCCUAGGAAUCUCUGGGACUUUCAAUUUCAUGAUUGUAUUUCAGGCUGAAUAACAACAAUAAUUCAUUUUAGCUUGAAUAGUUUGUCGGGGAACUCUUCCUUCUCUUAUCCAUUCCACACGUACAAUUUCCUUUCCGUCAAGGCGUCCCGCAAUUUGUACUUGAAUUCCUUUUGUAUCUGCUUGUUCAGCUAAUUCAAUAGCCUUUUUCAUUGCUUUUCGAAAGGAAACUCUAUUCUUUAAUUGUCCAGCUAUAAAUUCGGCAAGAAUAUUAGGAUUUCCAUACGGUUUUUCAAUUUUUGUGAUAGCAAUAUUCAGUUUUCGGUUUACAAAAUUUAAUUUUUUUGUAGAGCUUUUUGUAAUUCUUCAACUCCCUGUGGGAUAUUUUCCAUAAAUAUUUUCAAUAAGAAGCGGAUCACAAUUAUUGUUCUCUUUAGCGCGAAUUAUUCGUUGUUUUACGUAUUUUUGAUUAAGAAUUUCUUUACUCUUAUGAACCAAUGAAAGAACUAUGGUUUGAUACAUAAGAAAUUCUACGUUUGGUUUGAUAGACAGCAGAAGGGGGUCAACCAAAAACCCCGUCUUUUUUAAAAAUUCUGGAACACUCUCUUUUGAAUCCGGAACACUCUGUUUUGAAUCUCGAACAUUUCUUUUUUAAUU